AUGACAAAAUCACUCUUAAAUUGCAUUAUUUUCUAUUUUUGUUUCAUAGAAUCAUUCAUCACCUGUCAACAAACACUAAAGUCUAACAUGAAGAAAAAGUUCCAGUGUGUUUUUGAAGGAAUCGCUAAAUCAGGAAAUCAAACCUUUCUGAAUCAGAUCUACACAGAGCUCUACAUCACAGAGGGAGAAUCUGGAGAGGUCAAUGAUGAACAUGAGGUCAGACAGAUUGAAUCAGUGACCUGGAAACCAGACAGACCAGAAACAACAAUCAGACAUGAAGACAUAUUUAAACCCUCAUCUGGAAGAGAUGAACAAAUCAGAACAGUGAUGACAAAGGGAGUGGCUGGCAUUGGGAAAACAGUCCUGACUCAGAAGUUCACUCUGGACUGGGCAGAAGACCAAACCAACCAGGACAUCCAGUUCAUGUUUCCAUUCACGUUCAGAGAACUGAAUCUGUUAAAAGAGAAUCAGUUCAGCUUGGUGGAGCUUGUUCACCACUUUUUUAGUGAAACCAAAGGAAUCUCCAGGUUUGAAGAGUUAAAGGUUGUGUUCAUCUUUGAUGGCUUGGAUGAGAGUCGACUUUCACUGGACUUCCACAACAAUGAGAUCCUGACAGAUGUAACAAAGUCCACCUCAGUGGAUGUUCUUCUGACAAACCUCAUCAGAGGAAAACUGCUUCCCAAAGCUCACCUCUGGAUAACCACAAGACCUGCAGCAGCCAAUCGGAUCCCUGCUGGGUUUGUUGGCAUGAUGACAGAGAUCAGAGGAUUCACUGACCCACAGAAAGACGAGUACUUCACUAAAAGAUUUAGAAUGAAGAAGCAGGCCAGAAUGGUAAUCUCCCACAUAAAGAAAUCCAGAAGCCUCCACAUCAUGUGCCACAUCCCAAUCUUCUGCUGGAUCACUGCUACAGUUGUGGAAGACAUGUUGAACAAGGAAGAUAGAGAAGAUCUGCCAAAAACCCUGACUGAGAUGUACAUCCACUUCCUGGUGGUGCAGACCAAACUGAAGGUCAUCAAGUAUGAUGGAGGAACUGAGACAGAUUCACACUGGAGUCCAGAGAACCAGAAGAUGAUCGAGUCUCUGGGAAAACUGGCUUUUGAACAGCUGAUGAAAAGAAACCUGAUCUUCUAUGAAUCAGACCUGGCAGAGUGUGGCAUCGAUAUCAGAGCAGCUUCAGUGUGUUCAGGAGUUUUCACACAGAUCUUCAGAGAAGAGAGAGGGCUGUACCAGAACAAGGUGUUCUGCUUCGUCCACCUGAGUGUUCAGGAGUUUCUGGCUGCUCUUCAUGUUCAUCUGACCUUCAUCAAAUCUGGAGUCAAUCUGCUGGAAAUGAAAUCCAAGGAUUUAGAAAAACAAAACCUUGAAUCCUCAGAGACAGAAAUGUACCAGAGUGCUGUGGACAUGGCCCUAGAGAGUCCAGAUGGACACCUGGACUUGUUCCUCCGCUUCCUACUUGGUCUUUCACUGGAGACCAAUAAGAGUCACUUAGGAGACCUUUUGACACAAACAGAAGAAAGUUUAACAGCUAAUAAAAACACAGCCCAGUACAUUAAGGAGAAGAUGAAUAAUGAUCUAUGUGUUGAGAAAAGCAUCAAUCUGUUCCACUGCCUGAAUGAACUAAAUGAUCAGUCUCUGGUGGAGGAAAUCCAACAAUCUCUACAAACAGGAAGUCUUUCAGCCCACCAGCUGUCUCCUGCUCAGUGGUCAGCUCUGCACUUUAUGCUACUUUCAUCUGAGAAAGACCUUGAGAUGUUUGACCUGAAGAAAUACUCUGCUUCAGAGGAAGCUCUACUGAGGCUGCUGCCAAUAGUCAAAGUCUCUAACAAAGCUCUACUGAGUGGGUGUAACCUCUCAGAGAGAAGCUGUGAAGCUCUGUCUUCGUUGCUCAGCUCAACAACAUCUAGUCUCAGAGAUCUGGACCUGAGUAACAACGACCUGAAAGAUUCAGGAGUGAAGCUGCUGUGCAGUGGACUGAUGAGUCCAAACUGUAAACUGGAGAUUCUCAGGCUUUCAGGCUGCCUGAUCACAGAGGAAGGCUGUGCUGCUCUUGCCUCAGCUCUGACUGUGAAGCCACAUCACCUAAAGGAGUUGGACCUCAGCUACAAUAAUCCAGGAGAGGCAGGAAUGGAGAGACUGGCAGCUAUGCUUAAGAAUUCAGGAAUCCAGAUUAAAACGGACUCUCUCAGCAUGGAUUCUGCAGCAGAGAAAUGGCUGACACCAGGUCUGAGGAAGUAUUCCUGUCCACUAACAGUCGACCUAAACACUGUGAACAGAUUGCUCAAACUGUCUGACGGAAACAGGAAAGUGACACUUGUGGGAGAGGAGCAGCCGUAUCCUGAUCAUCCAGACAGAUUUGAUCUCUGUCAGCUGCUGUGUACUGAUGGUCUGACUGGUCGCUGUUACUGGGAGGUUGAGUGGAGUGGGAAAGUCUAUGCAUCGCUGAGUUACAGAGGAAUCAACAGAAAAGGAGACAAUGACGAUUCCUGGUUUGGAUUGAAUGAUCAGUCCUGGAGUCUAAUUUGCUCAGAUGAUGGUUACACUGUUUGGCAUAAUCAUAGAAAAGCCUUCAUCCCUCUCUCUUCUGUCUCUGGCCGAGUGGCUGUGUAUGUGGACUGUCCUGCUGGGACUCUGUCCUUCUACCGAGUCUCUUCAGAGACACUGAUCCACCUCUACACCUUCAACACCAAUUUCACUGAAACUCUUUAUCCUGGAUUUGGAUUUGAGUACAGGACAGGUUCUUGGGUGUCCAUAUUGCAAAAAGACAAGAUAUUGCCAAGUACUUUGGUCUAAGAAGA